AUGGCUUUGAAUCUCGAGAAGCAGCUGCUCUUUUAUGGUGCAUACCAUAACAACCCAGUGAAUGUUGCAAUUCAUAUCACAUGUGUUCCGAUACUUUUGUUUACGGGUAUCGCAAUGGCGUCGAAUUCGCCCGCUCUUUUCAAACUCCCCGCAGCCCUCCAGUUUGAGAACCUACCUCCCAACAUUGGAACAAUCGGAGCACUAGUAUAUGCUACAUUUUACAUCCUCCUGGAGCCCGUCGCAGGAGCUCUCAUUGCGCCUCUUUUGAUCGGAAGUGCCGCAUUUGGAAACCACCUUCUGGCCACCUACGGCAUGACUGCGAAUUACUGGUUUGGUGGAGUUCAUGUCGUGUCGUGGCUGCUGCAAUUCAUCGGCCACGGUGCUUUCGAAAGGCGGGCUCCCGCUCUGCUGGACAACCUAGUCCAGGCGCUACUACUAGCUCCCCUCUUCGUAUGGAUGGAGAUUCUCUUCUUCUUUGGUUAUCGGCCAGAGUUGAAGGCACGAUACAAUGCCAAUGUGCAAAAGGAGAUUGCCUCGUUCACGGAGAAGAAGAACCAGAAGGCAACAGCGAAAUAA